AUGUUGUCUAUCAUUGAUGGAUCUGAGCCUUGUCCUCCUCAAUAUCUACCCAUCCAAGAAGGCUCACUCACUUCCACUACAAAUCCUGAGUUUGUCCAAUGGAUGAAACAAGACCUGAAAGGCACAGCUGAUAGCCUAGCUGCAACUGGCUCCCCUUUAGAUGACAUAGACUUUGUGGCACAUGUCUUAAAUGGUCUCCCAUCUGAUUAUGAUUCAUUUGCCACCUCCAUCAGGGUUCGAUCUGAACCCAUUACCUCUGAAGAGCUUCAUGCCCUUCUUUUGAGUGAAGAAUUUGCCUUCAGCUCAAGACUCAGCUCCUUCUCUGAGCCCACAUCUCAUGCCUUUCAAACAUCCCUUUCCUCACAACCUCACCUUUCUAAAACCAACUCCAACAAUCGUUAUUCCAACCAAGCUCGCUCAUUUUCCAACUCUUCUCAUCCUAACCCAAAUCCAAACUCUCGCAACCCUCAACACCCAUUUCGUUUUUCUAGACCUCAACACACAUCCCAUCCUAACCCUAACCAUAAUCUUAACCCCACUCGAUCAUUUUUUCGUCCAAACAAUUAUUUCACUCCAAGAAUUGUUUGCCAAAUCUGCAACAAACCAGACCAUGGGGCUCUCACAUGCAAAAAUCGUCUUAACAGCUCCUAUCAAGGCCACUUUCCCUCUCCCAACCUUUCACCCUCCCACUCCACAACUCCUUCUUACCCAUUUGCCUCCUACACCUCCAUAUACCCAUCUUCUUCUUCUACUUAG